CACAAAUAGAAAUGGAAACUGAUGCUCAUAUGGAAGACACACCUGUAGUCGCUUGAAUUGAGGAGACUUCAUAUAAAGAGAGUGAUUCUAGCCAUCAAAACUCUGCAAUGCAAGAUGUCGAUCAAAAUUCAACUUUAUCACCUACCAAAAUAACACCUAAAUAAGGUUGUGCGGGUACUAAAGAAGACUCAUACCGACAAAACAACAGCUAGGCAACCAAGAGACUCACAAAGAUCAGGGGAUAGUUCUAUAAAUGAUCAAAAAGACUCGCCGAAAGCCAAUGAAGAGAGCUCUUUACACUCGAAAGACAGAAAGAGUACCAUUUCCACUGAGAAAGUUGAAAAUGAUUCAAAAGUGAGCUCUGAGCCUCAGAAAGAUAUCAUAAAAGAAGAAACGAAGGAACCGAUAUCUGAGAAGUAUCUAACACUUCAAUUCAGUCAGAAUUUGUUGGAUAGCUUAAAGAAUUUAAACUCCACACUUGACAAGAAAUACCACCAAGUUCACGAGAUUAAAGAACACCUCGUCACUUUAGAGAACAACAUUAACAAGCAGGUUGAGGAAUUUUUGAAGGAGAUGAUCAGCACAAACAAGAGUCUUGAGCAGAUGUUUCUGGAUUCUUUGAGAGAAACCAAGCCUGAAAGUUUUAUAGACAACUUAUGCUUGAAAUUACAUAAGAGUUACCUCUUCGAGAACAAUCAGAAGAUCAACCUCACCUUCUACAGAGAGCUUAAGGUCAUCAAAGACUAUAUCAACAGGCUCAAACUUGGUGAAAAUAGCUUCCAAACUAAACAAAUUGUCCAAUUUUUGGGAAUAGGCUCACUCCAGGAGAUCCUAAAAGAUUUCUCUCCUUUGGAGAAAAAUUUAAUUAAGAAUCUCACAGACACAGAAAGAAAACCUUCUUGAGAAGGUUUAAAUUUUAAAGAUGAGAAAAUUCCUCCCAAAACUUUAAGUUAUGAAGAUGAUCAGUUUACUAAAAGUCUACAGAGGAGAUUCAAGAGUCCAAUUAAACAAAGCUCAAAGAAAAGAUUUCCUCGUGACAGGAUUCACUCUAGCUCUGUUUUUGAGAAGAGACUCAGACCAAAGGCUUUAGAGUUCCAGAAUGGUUGCAAUUUUGGCAAGAAGUUUAAAGAAUCGGAAGAUCAGAGCAUAGAUUCCGCUAACACUUUCACUGCUUUUAGGCAGAAAGGAGGGUCUAUAGACAAGCCGGUUCUUCCUUUUGUGUCUGAUGUCAAAAUUGACUCAGAGACUAUCACCCAGAUGCUAAUAGAUAGGUUAUCCAAGAACAAUGGGCUUGAGCAACUUAAUAUAUUAGGCAAGAUUUUGCCAGACAUUAUUUCAGACAAGCCCAGAUCAUACUCACAACAACUGUAAGAAGCCGAUCAAGGUCUUUAUCUCAUUCACUGGAAUCCCAGGACUCUUAAUAUCAAUAUGAAGAGCCUAAAUUUCUUAGAAACAUAAUUGUUCAGCCAAAAAUUAUAAGAUUUUUGCCAUUUU